AUGGCGGCAAGUCUCAUUAGGGCAGAUGCGCAGCCGUCGCUCGGAAAUGCUUGUCAUACUAGAAGUGCUACGGGUCUGGGGCCGAGCGAGAGCUUUCAUCCGGGGCAGAAAAGGAAAGCGUCUGAGUCACCAUUAACGCCCAAGCCAAGCAAUGCAAGACAGAAAAUCACGAGAGCCUGUGAUCACUGCAAGGAGAAAAAGACCCGAUGUACUGGAACACUUCCGUGUAUGAGAUGUACGAGACUCUCGCUUCCCUGCGAAUACAAUGCCGCCUACUCUAGAGGCCUUCCUCCUGAACCUCUGCCCGCGCCCCCGUCGGUAGCGGCUGAUUAUGCAAACCAAAAUCAUGCUCUCUCACCGGCAUAUACUAACCGGAGCUUUUCUUCCCAGCGGUCGACAAGGAGCUAUUCCCGGGGUGUCACUUCUUCACAUCAGCAGCCUAAGAAUGGCGCUGAGAUUUCAGGUCGUACUUCACCCGACCCCGUGGUCACUGAUUUCGAGGGCAAUUACCUUGGUCCUGCGUCGGGAGUCUCCUUCCUUAACCGUGUUUGGCGUCGUCUGCACCAAGAUGAGAUAGGGGCGGUUCCUGAUGAAUACCAAAAAGAGUCGUCCUCCAGGAGUACGUCCGUGUUCAUGUUUGGUGAUAGGCCCUACUCAGACGACCGGGAAUCGGGCUUUACCUUUCCCUCUAUUGAGCGCGCCCGAGAGCUGGUUGAAAUAUAUUUCGACUUCUCAAUGGUCACAUACCGUUUUCUACAUAGAGGAACUGUGGAGCAUUGGCUGAAGCAAGUGUAUGAAAGCAAUAUAUCUUCCCUGAAUCCACCUACUGGCCCAAUGGUAGCUCGAACAGCUAUUGUUCUUAUAAUAUUUGCUGUAAGUUCACUAUAUGAAGAACUGAAACCAGAAAAUGAUAUCGACGUUUGGAAUGGGAGCGAGCGAUGGUACGCUGCUUCAAAAUAUCUGCUAUCCCUAGAGUCAGGGCCUCCCCGGCUAGAGUCAGUUCAAGCGAGGUUAGGUCAAUGCCUUUACCUACUUUCAUCAUCUCGAGCCAACGAAUGUUGGUACGCUUUUGGGACCGCGCUGCAGCUUGUGACGGCCUUAGGGUUGCACCGAAGAUGCCCUGCGAAGUUGUCGAAGAAUGGCAAUACCUACUUGGAACGUGAAAUUCGUAAACGGAUCUUCUGGAGUACCUACACUCUGGAUAAAUAUCUCAGUGUCAUGUUCGGGAGGCCGAGGCUUAUCCACGAAGAAGAUCAUGACCAGGAGCUUCCGGAUGAGGUCAACGACGAAGAUAUGUUAGAGGAGGAUGCACGCCGAAGGACAGGGUCGCCUGACUGUAUGAUGAUUGCAUCCGUUCUCCACUACCGACUUGGCCGCAUACUUGGUGAAGUUUCCCGACAACUAUAUACGAUCAAUCCUCGAUCUCGAGAGCCGCCCCUCGAAGUGGCUGUACGGCUCACUUCGAAGUUGGAGGAAUGGAAAAAGGCCGCACCGCCUUUAUUCAACAGUGUUCGUGCGACAAGUCUCAUCCCACCUCUGUGUAGACAAAGCCAGGUUUUACAACUCGCAUAUUCGCAUUCGAUUAUCCACGCCACUAGGUUAUUUCUCCUAAAUGAUUUCACGGAUCUCAGUCGCAGGCCGCCAAAUUCACAUUCCACGGUAACAAGCCAUGUGCACAAAUGUAUAGGGGCCGCCGAAGACGUCAUGAAGAUCGUGGAUACCCUUGGUAAACAAGGCGUCCUGAUCCGGUCAUUCUGGUUCACUCACUACGUGUGCUUCUGCGCCAUCACGGUGGUAUAUAUAUAUACCAUUCAACAAUGUCAGCUGUCCUCGUAUCCUGAUGCCUCGCGGUGUAUGGAGGAUAAAAGUUACCUGUGUUCAUUAUUCAACCUCGCUGAGGCUUGUCAGCAACAUCUUGCCGAGGCUACCCGCAAGAACUGCCCAAGCCGUCGCUAUAGCAUCAUUCUUGGGGAACUCAGAUUGGAGGCACGUAGACAGACCGGUUCAUAUCUAUGUCCAGAUGCUCCUGCAAAUACGUCACAACCGCUUGCCACUACAGCUAUCCAAGACCAAGCCUGUACGGUUGAAAGAAAUGCGAACCAAGCAGAUAUUCCACAACCUCUCCCGUCGGCUUCUCGCUCUGCAAAUAAUCCAGAUACCUUUGCACCCCCAGACAUAGUAGAUGAAGCCUUUGAUUUUAGCGAGGACUUUGGGCUUCUGGAUAAUUUAGAAGGACUAAAUUGGUGGACUCAACUGGACUCUUGGGCAUUUUCAAACCUUUCAGCAGAACCCUCAAACCUGGGUCUGUGA